UUCUUAGUUCAGUGUCAUAAUAAUUGACAAAUGCACUUGUUAAUUUUAAACAGGAUUGCAAGUGCACUAAACGAAAAUCAAUACAGAGCAGGUAUUGAAUGUCUUACCAAUACAUAGUUAAUACUUCGAGGUAAAAAUGAGGAAAUUCUUCAAAUUGGCGGACAAAGAAAUAAUAUUUGGACACAAAAUUUGUCAGACACAUGAAGCCAAGUACCUUUGCAUAGAAGAACUAUAUCAGAAAUUUUACAGACCUAACUGUUAUGAUGUGGGAGGAACAUAUAUUAAUGACGUCCCGGAUUUUUGGUUUGUAUACAAAACUGAAAUUGUAGGAAAGCUAUUCCUUUUUCAUUUAUACGUUACCAAGCGCCAGACUUGUUCAUUUAUUGUCUCUGUUAGCUGCACUAGUGACAUAAUUUGUGCACCAAAGCAAAAUGCAGCAUUCUUACCAUCUAAACUUGAAAAAUUCCCAUUUAAUGGCAUUAACACGCAAGGAUAUGUCACAACUUAUAGUUUUACCGAAGUCGAUGUUGAUAUAUUGAAAGGAAAGAAAUUGUAUAUACCAGUUUCAUUUAGUACAGAUAAGCCUCUCAGUGCACUCGCUGAGACUAUGAAAGAAAACCACAACUAUAAAUAUCUGUUGCAUGAUCCAGUUGGCUCUGAUUUUAUCAUUGAAUCGGCAGAUGGAUACAAAUUUAAUGUACAUCGAAGCCUACUUUGUGCGAAUAGUGAAGUUUUUAGGGCUAUGUUGAAAGAUGAAACCGCCGAGAGCCUGAAUGGCUAUGUUAAGAUGGUCGAUAUUAAUAAAGAUGACCUUAAGGAUAUCAUUGAAUUUAUGUACACCGGAACAAUAGAGAAUUUGUUGGAAUGCAACUUCUUUAAUAUCUUCAUACUGUGCAAUCAAUACGAUCUACAAGGGUUGAAAGAAUUAGCAGAGAGUGCAUUAAUAUUUCAGAUCAAUGAUGAUAAUGUUAUUGAAACUCUAUCCUUGGCAGAUCUGCACAACUCGGAAGCAGUCAAACUGGCCGCAAUGAAAUAUAUCAAAAUGAAUAAAAUAUUGGUUAACUCCGACGUCUUGGAUGAAUUGAACAAUGUAGAACUAGUCAAAGAGAUCUGCGAAUUCCUUUUGAUAUGAAUGUUACUCUGAGGAAACAGUCAUAUGUUUAAAAGAAAAAAAAAAUGUUGUACAGAAAACGUAAAAAUAAACUUUAUUGAAUUUAAAACACAACAUUUAUUUAAAUAGUAAGGAUUAUGUUUAACUCUAGAUAAAUAAUAUAUAUGGGCAUGCUCGGGUCGCAAGCUGUGGAGUUCUUCUCACGAUGAGCUGGAGGUGGAGAUGGUCUACAAUCAUUUUGGAAUGUUACUCGAUGUCUUCGUCUCUGCAGCAAACAAAACAUUACAUUUAUUUAAUAAAUAAAUACAUUUAAAAUAUACAA